GAGCGCGGCGCUGCCGGGGCGGGGAUCCACGGGGCCGGGGGGCGAGCGGGGAGAACCGCCUUCCUCCCCUCGGCCGGCAGAUCGCAGGCUGAUAAUUCAAAAAUGGAGGAUGAGCCCUCUCAGCCAUUAAUUAAUAAUGUAGCUCUCUGUCUUCCUGUGUGACACACGCUGGAAGGCACCGAGCGGCCAAUAAAGAUGUAGGGGAGAGAAGUGGAAAGCUCCUCCCAGCAGCUCUUCCUGAUUGAGGGCUCGAAGAAGUAGAUCAAAAACUUCCCGGGAGCUGGGGGGCAGAGGAGAAGCGGGGUAGAGCCGCGGGCCGCGUUACGUACCGCCCGAGCAGCCGGGGCAGCGGCUCCAGCGAGGACAGAACGGAACGCGGCGAUGCCGCUGCUGCACCGAAAGCCCUUCGUGAGGGAGAAGCCCCCCGCCGACCUGCGGCCGGACGAGCGCGUGUUUUACUGCAGGGUCACUAACGAGAUCUUCAGGGACUACGAUGAUUUUUUUGAACGCACUAUUCUGUGCAACAGCCUUGUAUGGAGCUGUGCUGUCACAGGUAAACCAGGACUCACAUAUCAGGAAGCACUGGAAUCGGAGAAGAAAGCCAGACAUAAUCUUCAGAGUUUUCCAGAGGCACUCAUCAUUCCGGUUCUCUACCUGGCCACCCUUACCCAUCGCUCACGACUUCAUGAGAUCUGUGAUGAAAUCUUUGCCUACGUCAAGGAUCGGUAUUUUGUUGGUGAAACAGUGGAAAUGAUUAGAAAUAAUGGUGAAAGGUUGCAAUGUCAGGUUUUGGAAGUCAUUCCUCCAGCACAUCACAAUGGAAUGGCAAAUGGCCACGUCAGCAGUGCUGAUGGAGAAACCAUCGUCAUCAGUGAUAGUGACGAUUCAGAAACGCACAAUAGUUCUGCACAAAAUGGGAAGAAGAAAGCCAUAAUUGAUCCUUCUUUGUUCAAAUACAAAGUCCAACCUGUUAAAAAAGAACUGUAUGAAUCUGUUAUUGUUAAAGCAUCUCAGCUAAGCCGGAGGAAACAUCUAUUUUCUCGUGACAGACUUAAACUUUUUCUGAAACAACACUGUGAACCACAUGAUGGAGUCAUUAAAACUAAGGCAACAUCAAUUGCAAAAUAUAAUCUAGCAGAACAAAAUUACUCCUACUUCUUUCCUGAUGACCCACCCACAUUUGUCUUCAGUCCUGCAAGUAGGCGACGAGGGAGACCUCCAAAGAGGGCAUCCAUUAGUCAUGAGGACAGUAUUACUGCUAAGCAGAACACCCAAGGAAACAGAAGUAAAGUAGCAAAGGAAAAGACAAGAUUUCAGAGGCAGAAAGAAGAUAUGCAGGCCAUGGCUUUUGAGAAAGCUAGAUUAAAACGAGAGAAGGCAAAUGCUAUAGAAGCCAGAAAAAGAGAGAAAGAAGAUAAGGAAAAAAAGAAAGAAGAACUAAAGAAGAUUGUGGAAGAGGAAAGGAUGAAGAGGAAAGAAGAGAAAGAGAGACUCAAAAUAGAAAAGGAAAAAGAAAGAGAGAAGCUGCGUGAGGAAAAAAGAAAAUAUGUGGAAUACCUGAAGCAGUGGAGUAAGCCUAGAGAAGAUAUGGAGUGUGAUGAUCUUAAGGAACUUCCAGUUCCAAUGCCAGUGAAGACGAGACUUCCUCCUGAGAUCUUUGGUGAUGCUUUGAUGGUUUUGGAGUUUUUAUAUGCUUUUGGGGAACUCUUUGAUCUUCAAGAUGAAUUUCCUGAAGGAGUGACUCUAGAAGUUUUAGAGGAAGCUCUUGUAGGAAAUGACACUGAAGGCCCACUAUGUGAACUGCUGUUUUUCUUCCUGACUGCCAUCUUUCAGGCAAUGGCCGAAGAGGAAGAAGAAGUGGCCAAAGAUCAAAUAGCUGAUGCUGAGACCAAAGAUUUAACAGAGGCUUUGGAUGAAGAUGCAGACCCCACAAAAUCUGCACUGUCUGCAGUUGCAACUUUGGCAGCUGCAUGGCCCCAGUUACAUCAGGGCUGCAAUUUGAAAAACUUGGAUCUUGAUAGCUGCACACUUUCUGAGAUUCUCAGACUUCACAUUCUAGCAUCAGGUGCUGAUGUAACGUCAGCCAAUGCGAAGUACCGCUACCAAAAACGAGGAGGGUUUGAUGCUACUGAUGAUGCUUGCAUGGAGCUGCGAUUAAGUAAUCCUGGGCUCUUGAAGAAACUUUCAAGUACCUCAGUGUAUGACUUGUUGCCAGGAGAAAAGAUGAAGAUUCUUCAUGCUCUCUGUGGGAAACUUCUGACUUUGGUCUCCACUCGGGAUUUCAUUGAAGACUCUGUUGAUGUACUACGGCAGGCGAAACAGGAGUUCAGAGAAUUAAAGGCAGAACAGCAUCGCAAAGAACGGGAGGCAGCCGCAGCAAGGAUACGUAAGAGGAAGGAAGAAAGGUUGAAAGAACAAGAGUUAAAAAUGAAAGAGAAACAAGAAAAGCUGAAAGAAGAAGAGCAAAGAAAUCCUGCUGUGGAAGUAUCUGUUGGGGAGGAGGAACGAGAGGACCUUGAUACCAGUACAGAGAGCAAGGAAAAUGAACGUAAAGAGCCAGAAAUAGACACAGUGACAGAGGAUGAAGAAGAGCUGGGACCAAACAAAAAAGGAAGGAGAGGAAGGAGAGGGCAAAAUGGAUAUAAAGAAUUUACAAGACAAGAAGAUGCUUCUGAGAAGAGUGAACCUCUUACUGCUGAAGAUGAGGAAGCUUUAAAACAGGAGCAACAAAAGAAAGAGAAGGAGCUAUUAGAAAAGAUACAGAAUGCAACAGCCUGCACAAAUAUUACUCCCUUAGGUCGUGACCGUUUGUACCGACGCUACUGGAUUUUCCCCUCAGUUCCUGGAUUGUUUAUAGAAGAGGACUAUUCUGGUCUCACAGAAGACAUGUUGUUGCCUCGAACCUCUUCCUUUCAGAAUAGCGUACAGUCUUGCACAAAUGAACCUCAGGUAUUCAGUAAAACUGGAGAGUCUUUGAAAUCUUCUGAAUCUACCUCCAAUGUUGACCAAGAUUCACACACCAGUGUUGUUGUAGAGGUGCCAAGGCCAGUAUAUAAACCAAACCGUUGGUGCUUUUACAGUUCUCGGGAACAACUGGACCAACUUCUAGAGGCUCUCAAUUCCCGAGGACAUAGGGAGAGUGCCUUAAAAGAAACUCUUUUACAAGAGAAAAAUAGAAUAUACGAACAACUAAGCAGUUUUCCUGUGGAAAAAUUCCAUAUUCCAGACAAACCUCAAAGUGACGUUAGACCUCCUCCUCCAGUACGGGGAAGGAUGCAGAAUGCCCAUGAUGCAUCCCAAAUAUCUGCAGAAAAGCAACUUGAAAUGAGACUCAGAGACUUUCUUUUGGAUAUUGAAGACAGGAUCUACCAAGGAACACUGGGAGCUAUUAAGGUUACAGACAGGCAGUCCUGGAGAGCAGCCUUAGAGCAUGGGUGGUAUGAAUUUCUAAAUGAUGAAAAUAAAGAAAAUGGUGUAAUUAAAACUGUGAAUGAAGAAUCUGAAGAAAUGGAAACUGAUGAUCAAGAUAAGUUCAUGGUUAAAGACCGACUCGUUGGACUGAAAACUGAAGCUCCAAGUGCUGCAUCAACAAGUACAAGUACUCCUCAGCCAGUUAAUAACGUGGUCCACUGCUUAGCAUCUGCACUGCUCCAGAUAGAACAAGGAAUUGAGCGCAGGUUUCUCAAAGCACCACUUGGUAAAGCAGAAGAUAAUAAAAGGAGCCACAGGGGGUAUAAAAAGAGGAAGAAAGUGGAAGACAAGACUAGUCAGAGAGAUGAUGCCAGUGAUGGUGGACGAUCCUAUAAAACAGUUUUGGAUCGCUGGAGAGAGUCACUUCUUGCUUCUACCAGCUUAUCUCAAGUCUUCCUUCAUCUGUCUACAUUGGAUCGAAGUGUCAUCUGGUCAAAGUCCAUCCUCAAUGCUCGCUGUAAAGUAUGUCGAAAGAAAGGUGACGCAGAAAGCAUGGUGCUGUGCGAUGGCUGUGAUCGAGGCUAUCAUACCUACUGCAUCAGGCCCAAGCUUAAGAUCAUUCCAGAAGGAGACUGGUUUUGUCCGGAGUGCCGACCAAAGCAGCGCUCUAGACGCCUUUCCUCCAGACAGAGACCGUCUGUGGAAAGUGAUGAAGAGAUGGCUGAGCAAAUAGAAGGGGAGGAAGAGGCAAGCUACGAUGAAAUGAGACAAAGUGAGGAAGAGGAUUAUGAAGAAGAACAUGAAGAGGAAGAUGAAUCUCAGGAAGAAGAUGAGAUGAGCCCUUCAAAGCACGGAAGACCACAGGUCAAGUUUCCACUAAAAAUGAGAGCAGCCAAACUCAACAAUCCUUUUUCAAGUCGGAACAUUCAGCGUCAGGCAAGAUAUGCUUCUAGGAGUCAGCAAAAUACACCUAAGCAAGCAGGAUCUUCAUCUAGAGUGACCAGAAGGGGGCUAAGGAAGGUAAAAUCAGCCCCUCCAUCAGUGACUAAACCUACUUUAAGACUUAGCAGCCGGACCACUCGUCAGAGCCAAAGUUCAUUACAAGCAGAUGUAUUUGUGGAGUUACUCAGUCCUCGAAGACGACGAAGAGGAAAAAAGAAUGCUGAUGAUAACACACUGGAAAAUAGUUCUGAUUCUCUUGGAUUUAGAAUUGUUGAGACUUCAGACUCUAAUGAACGGGUUAGAAGAUACCCAGUUGCUGCUCCAAAGCUUUCUCUUCCUGUUAGUGAGCCCAAGAGAAGAGGCAGGAAACGACAAUCCACAGAAUCGUCUCCUCAGACCUCAUUGAACAGGAGAAGUUCAGGACGUCAGGGAGGAGUCCAUGAACUCUCAGCAUUUGAACAACUUGUUGUGGAACUGGUACGACAUGAUGACAGCUGGCCUUUUAUGAAACUGGUUUCCAAAAUCCAGAUGUUGGGGAGCUGGAAGGCAAAAAGACAAAAAGAAUGAUCCACGAAUGUGAAUGAAAGAUUCAAGAGCAGAGGAGAGGAUUCUGAAUGAAUUCCAGACAAGUGGAUGGAUGCUGGAGUAGUGGAAUUGCAUUGGGAAGCAUGAAAGCAGUGAAUGCAGAGAAACUUCUUAAGGGGGAGGGAUGGAGAAUCCAACUUAAUUCAGAUAUUGAGAAGAAAAUGCUGGAGUUUGGUGCAUUCGUAUUUGCCUGAAUAAAUUGCCACAGGAUAAUUCAGACAGUUCAGGAGGAAAAAUUCAUGAAUGUCCUACAUUUUCUUCAUCAUGCUGGAAAUCUUGGGUUUACUUUCUCACUGCAUUUAGGACACCAUGGAAAGUAUAUUAACUCAUGAGUGCCCAGCGAGCCUGAAAGACAAAAUUACAUUUCUUUUUGUUUUAAUGUAAACAGCAUUCCAGGAGGGAAAGGAAUGAAAAACUUGUUCAUCUAAUUCUGUUUCUGCACUGAUUCUUCUGCCUGUGUUUGUUUGCAAGUUGUACUUGAUAUGGUAAAGUUUUGGGCAAUAAUAAAGAACAUUGUUUUAAAAUAUUUUUAGUGCUGCAUGGGGGGAUAUUUGUUCCUGUAACCAAAGACAAAUCCAGAACAGAUUGUGCUUUUAAGAAGAUAAUGUUGUUGUUCCCCCCCACCUUUCCACGCUCUGUGGGUAAAACAGAGGCACUCUUAACUUCAGUGCUUGUUUGGAAUUCAGAAACUGUGAUCCGAAUGAUCAGUAUCCUUAAGGGUUAAGCAGCCCAUUGCUGACCUUAAGCGUUUCUCUCACAAUUGCUGGUCUGAGUGGCUCUAUAUCUCUUGUACUUGCACACUGCAUCCUGCUUGAUACUGAAAGGCACACUACCAUCUUUUCAACAUAACGACAUGAAAUUUCAAGGAACACUGCAAAAAGGUGAACAGUAGUGGAGCAAGAAUGGCCCUUAUUCAUGAUGAAGGGACUUGUAAUGUUGUAGUAUGUUACAGGAAAAAGAAAGUUUUAAAAUCUGGGAAAUCAUUUUUGUCUCAAUCAAUUUGGAGUAGCAUUAAUACCCUGCUGCUUGUCACGUUGUGCAGUUUUGGAUCUUACAGUUGUUUGCAGAACACUGAGGGUAAGAUUUGUGUUGAAUUACUGGCUAAUGUUUGUUGUGAUUGCAACUUUAAUGAUAGAAAAAAUGCAAAAGCAAUAUCUGCACGCUGAUAUUUAGAUCAGGAAAGAGAGGAGGUUCCUUGGACUCCUGUUUGUUCAAAACUAAAAUGCAUGAUUUGCUUUUUUCUUCCUUUUCUUUCGACGUCAGUAGAAUUUAAGCUUCCAUUUGUUUUGUAGGAAUAAAAUACUUUUUCUUUU